GCUAUGAGUUCAAGAGGGAGUGGCGGCCGCUCUAACGGCGUGCUGCCCCAGACCAAGAUCUGCCAGUUCAAACUAGUGCUGUUGGGUGACAUGGCAGUUGGCAAGUCCAGCCUGGUGCUUCGCUUCGUCAAGGGACAGUUUGAUGAGUUUCAAGAGACCACCAUAGGAGCUGCCUUCCUGGCGCAGUCGGUGUGUUUAGAUGACACUACUGUCAAGUUUGAGAUCUGGGACACAGCAGGCCAGGAGCGUUACCACAGCCUGGCACCCAUGUACUAUCGAGGAGCUCAGGCUGCCAUUGUGGUUUUUGACAUCACUAAACCGGAAACCUUCGAGAGGGCAAAAGCCUGGGUGAAGGAGCUGCAGAGGCAGGCCAGUCCCAAUAUUGUCAUUGCUUUGGCGGGCAACAAGGCUGAUCUGGCUGAGAAGAGACUAGUAGAGUAUGAGGAAGCACAGACGUACGCUGAUGACACCGGCCUUCUCUUCAUGGAAACCUCGGCUAAGACGGCCAUGAACGUCAAUGAGCUUUUCCUUGCCAUCGCCAAAAAGAUGCCAAAAACAGACACUCAAAACCCAACACACGCAGCACGACAUCGGGGAGUCAACCUCCAGGACCCUGACGCCCACUCUGCUAGAGCAUGCUGUGGUGGGAACUAA